GUAUCAGCGGCUCACAACGUUAGAAUGGCUAGAAAAUCCUAUGAUCUUCAUCCAAACAGUAUAAUAGUCUCUUGGCUGCCUCAGUACCAUGACUGUGGUCUUAUGUUUCUAUUAUUGACCAUAGUAUCUGUUGCAACAUGUGUGCUAACAUCACCAGGAGCAUUUGUUAAUCGUCCAAGGCUAUGGCUUGAGUUAAUUUCAGAGUUCAGUGCAACUUGCACUCCGGUUCCAUCUUUCGCGUUGCCACUUGUGGUCAAGCGAGGUGGUAUUGGCAAAGGAACACUACCUAUUACUCUAUGGAGCUUGAGAAACCUAAUUAUUAUUAAUGAGCCUAUUUGCAGGGAGUCAAUUGAAGAAUUUGUGGAUGUGUUUAAGCCUUUUGGGUUGAACCCAUCAUGUAUAUCCCCAUAUUAUGGAUUAGCAGAGAAUUGCACGUUUGUUUCAACAGCGUGGAGAGGCAAUGAAGAUUCUACUUCUUUUCCAAACAUUCCAACUCACAACAAGCUCUUGCCUAGUGCAAGACUAGCUCCAUGGUGCAUGAAUAAUGAAGAAGAGGACAUGGACAUUAUUGUAGUCAAUGAAGAAACAUGUGAGCCAGUUGAGGAUGGGAUUGAAGGAGAGAUUUGGAUUUCAUCCCCUAGUAAUGCCUCUGGUUAUCUUGGCCACCCGUCUUUAACUCGCGAGGUGUUUCAAGGGAGACUCAGCAAUAAGGUGAGCCGGUGCUUUGUCCGGACAGGCGAUAGAGGAAUUGUUAUAGGAGAAGAGAGGUUUCUCUUUGUGACUGGUCGAUGUUCAGACACCAUCAAGCUCCAUAACAACCUAGAAAUCCAUCUUCAUUACAUAGAAACUACGGCUUACAAUAGUUGUCCAAAGUUUCUUAGAGGAGGUUGCCUUGCCGCGUUUAAGGUCUCAAAUGCAAUUGUGCUUGUUGCAGAGAAGUGAAAAAGAUAUGACGGUGUUGAGGAGCAUAUGUGAAGGAAUCAAGAAAAAGGUUUCAGAGGAAGAGAAGAUUGAGCUGGACUAGCGGUUCUUGUUAAAAGUGGGAGUGUGCCAAAAACUACUUCAGGUAAAAUACAAAGAUGGGCAGCCAAGAAUAAGCUCUAGGUGGCAAAAUGGGUGUUGUAAUGGAGGUUCGAUUUGGCCAAUAUAGUAACUUUUUGUCAGAAAGAGUUCAUGGAAAUAACGGGAAAGACGAAGGGAGAGGAAAAAGAGGACAAGAGGAGAGAAAAGUGGCAACAGAAGUGAGAGAAGAAAAUUCUCUCACUCGUACUCCAAGUCUUACCCUGUCGAUCCUUUCUCUCCUAUGACUUGUGAGAGCAUAGGAGCCGACCCUUUUUUUUUUUUUUUUUAAGAAAACCAUCGGAGACACUUUAAUUCUACCUUCUUCCGUU